GGUCCUGAUGCAGGCCCGAGGGGGGCCAUGGGGCAAGUCCUGCCGGUCUUCGCCCAUUGCAAAGAAGCUCCAUCUACAGCCUCUUCUACCCCUGAUUCUGCAGAAGGAGGAAAUGAUGAUUCGGAUUUUCGGGAGCUCCACACUGCUCGGGAAUUCUCAGAGGACGAGGAGGAGACCACGUCGCAGGACUGGGGCACCCCUCGGGAGCUGACCUUCUCCUACAUCGCUUUUGAUGGUGUCGUGGGCAGUGGGGGACGUAGGGACUCAGCUGCCCGGCGCCCCAGACCCCAGGGUCGCUCCGUGUCAGAACCAAGAGACCUACCCCCACAGCCCAACCUCGGCGACAGCUUGGAAAGCAUCCCCAGCCUGAGCCAGUCCCCCGAGCCUGGACGCCGCGGUGACCCCGACACUGCCCCUCAGGCCCAGUGCUCCCUGGAAGACCUGAGGCUUCGGCUGGACCAGAUGGGAUGGGCUGCUCGGAGCGCUGGGUCUGGGCAGGACUCAGCCACCAGUAGCUCCACCCCAUUGGAAGACGAGGAGCCCGAAGGACUGGAUGCAAGACAGGCUGGUGAAGAAAUGGACCUACAACUCCAUCUCGCUCACUUGAUGCCUCCGGAGGUCUUGACCCCUCAGCCAACCCCCAAAUCUGGGACCCCACGGGUCCAUACUCCAUCCCCACCCGCUUCCCGAGAUUCGAACUCUGGGCCUGAUGAGCCUUCACUGUACAAGGAGGAGGAGCUGUGGGGGCCUUUGGAGCAGGAACCAGUCACAGGACAGUGCCUCCAUAGCACCGACCAAUCAGAAUUCACACUGGAGCCACACCCACUUGUGGCGGACCUGCUGUAUUGGAAGGACUCUCGGACAUCGGCCGUGGUCUUCACGGGCCUCAUGGUCUCCCUCCUCUGCCUCCUGCACUUCAGCAUCGUGUCCGUGGCCUCACACGUGGCUCUGCUGUUGCUCUGUGGCACCAUCUCUCUCAGGGUUUACCGCAAAAUGCUGCAGGCUGUGCACCGGGGCGAUGGAGCCAACCCCUUCCAGACCUACCUGGACGUGGAUCUGACCCUGACCCCAGAGCAGACCGAACGUCUGUCCCAGAAGAUCGCCUCCCACGUAGUUUCUGCGGCCACGCAGCUGCGACAUUUCUUCCUGGUAGAAGACCUGGUGGAUUCUCUCAAGCUGGCCCUGCUCUUCUACAUCUUGACCUUCGUAGGGGCAGUCUUCAAUGGUUUGACUCUUCUCAUUCUGGGAGUGAUUGCUUUGUUCACGGUCCCGCUGCUGUAUCAGCAGCACCAGGCCCAGAUCGACCAGUACGUGGGUUUGGUGACCAAUCAAUUGAGCCACAUCAAAGCUAAGAUCCGAGCUAAGAUCCCAGGGACCGGAGCCCUUGCUUCAACAGCAGCCACAGUCUCUGGAUGCAAAGCCAAAGCCGAAUGAGAGGGGUGUCUCUGCUUGCGGGAUGCCUGGCCUGCCCCAACCCCAGCCGCCCCCUGUCCCACUUCCACCUCCCAUCCAUCCCCCACUGUCUCCUCCCCUCGUCCCAAGCCAGUUCCUGGUGGGUAUCGGGAUCUCCUCCACUGGGUAAUCUGUGCCAGGUGGCUAAGCUACUAGGACUACAUUUCCCAAGAGGCUCUGCGCUAGGAGUCCAGGAAAGACAACACGCCUUGGCCGCGGGGCCUGCUGGGACUUGUAGUUGUCUAGACAGUGUGGCCCUGCACGUCUGUGACUGGGCGCUGGAGGCACCACGGGGGGUUGGUGUCUCCUGGACGAAGCCAGCGCCCGGGCUGGGGCUUUGCAUGGGGCCCAGGCGAGGCCUGAGCUUGGAUUUACACUGUAAUAAAGACUCCUGU